AUGGCUUCAACGGCGAUUGCGUUCGGGCAAACCGGCAUUGAGAAACUGAAAGGUGCAGAAAACUAUUCCACGUGGAAGUUUACAAUGCGCAUGUUGCUUAUCCACGAGGAAUUAUGGAAUUGCGUGGAAGCAGAACCCAGCGAAGAUGGCGACAAGAAAAAAGUUGACAAAGCGUUGGCGCGCAUUGCGCUUUCCGUGACACCGGCUGUAAUUCCAUAUAUUCGUACAGCGAAGAGUGCACAUGAAGCGUGGAAAAUACUGCAAAAAGCCUACGAGGGACGUGGCCUGAGCAGAAGGCUAGGUUUACUGCGUAGCCUCUUCAGUACUAAGCUGUCGGAGAAUAGUUCAAUGGAAGUCUACUUGAACAAAAUAAAAGAAAUUUCACAUCAACUCCAUGAAAUUGAAUCGCCACUGGACGACGAAUUCGUUGCAGUCAUCAUGCUGAGUGGGCUCACAGAUGACUACGACCCACUGAUCAUGGCGAUUGAGCAUUCAACUUCCAAACUAUCUACGGAAAUCAUCUCACAAAAAUUACUUCAGGAAACCCAAAGACGGGAAGAAAAAUCUGAAGAAACAGCACUCAUCACACAGAAGCAACCUAAGUGUUACGGUUGCGGUGCCAAGGGACAUAUGAUAAGGAACUGUCCGAAGAAAAAAGGACCAGCCAAAGUACAAAACCAAGAGAAUGACCCACCGACCCAGAGAAAUCCAGUGAAGAAGUCAGCGAGGAACAAAAAGACCCUUCUGACGGCUCUCUCGGUGAAAGUGAAUAGUGAUGUGUGGUACAUAGACUCUGGAGCGACAAAUCAUAUGUGUAAUAGUGAAAAAGUGAUGAAGUGCAACCGUAGUAAAUCCGUAGAUGUAAGCAUAGCAAACGGUGAAAGGUUAACAACAGCGGGCUUAGGGGAAGUGCAGAUUAAAUUGAAAGACUGCGUAAGGACAAUAAGUGAUACUUAUUAUGUACCUAAUUUAAGUACUAACCUGUUGUCUGUCAGUGCUAUGACCAAAAAGGGAUAUGUUGUCACUUUUAAUAGUAAUUCAUGUACUAUUUGCGACAAUGAUGAAAUUUUAGCUACUGGUACGCAAGUCAAUGGUAUGUAUCAGCUUGAUACCGUGUCAGACAGCGGCUGUUCUGUGGAACAGGAGUGUUCUAUGAUGGCAUCAGCAGCAGUGGAUUUAUCAUCCCAGGAGUUGUGGCACAGACGUCUCGGCCACCUGAAUUCCAGAAAUAUGCAACUACUUCAAAAAGGUAUGGCAAAUGGCAUUUCUUUUAACACUUCUAAUUUUCAGCAGUGUGUUGCAUGUGUAGAAGGGAAGCAGAGUAAGCUUCCUUUUCCCAAAAGGUCGUGUAGUAGAGCUACAGAGGUACUUGGUUUGGUUCAUACAGACCUUUGUGGUCCCAUGCAACAGUCAUCUCUAGGUGGUGCUAAAUAUUUUCUCAGUUUCAUUGAUGAUUACACAAGGAAGCAGUUUAUUUAUUUUUUGAAAUCGAAAGAUGAGACUUUUGAAUAUUUCAAACAAUUUAAAGCCCUUGUCGAAAAUGAAACAGGAAAGAAAUUAAAAGUACUCAGAAGUGAUAGAGGCGGAGAAUAUAUGAGUUCUAAGUUUCAGGAAUACGUCAAGACAUGUGGAAUCAAGCAUCAGAAAACGAUACCAGACUGUCCACAACAGAAUGGCGUUGCAGAACGCGCCAACAGGACCGUUAUGGAGAAGGCUAGAUGUCUUCUGCGAGAUGCUGGACUCGGAAUGAAAUUCUGGGCUGAGGCGGUCAACACAGCAGUUUACCUAAAGAACAGAAGUCCUACGAAAGCUGUUGCUGGAGUAACCCCUGAAGAGAAAUGGACUAGUAAAAAGGUAAAUCUAAACCAUUUAAGAAUUUUUGGUUGUGUUGCAUAUUCUAUUGUGAAGAAUAGAAGAAAACUUGAUUCUAAAAGUAAACCAUACAUAUUUGUGGGUUACAAUGAAGAGUCCAAGGGAUACCGAUUAAUUGAUCCUGAUAAUCCCAUAAAAUGUGUCAAUUCUCGUAAUGUCGUAUUUUUAGAAAAUAAAUUCUGUAACAAAAAAAUGUCACAUGAUGAAAAUGUUGAUCAGCAUACAAUUGUUGACUUCAACAAUCUGAAUUCAGAUGAAAUUCAGCAAUCAGAGUCAUCCAGUGUGAGUUCUGAUGUUUCUGAUGACAUGAGAUUAUCACAGAAUGAGCAAAGAGUCAGCACAUACACAAUAAAUGACUCUGAGAGCGAAGACCUAAGUGAUGAAACAGAGAAUUGUUCGGAUGAAACUUAUAUUCCAGGUGAAGACUCAAUAGCUGAGGCGGAGCAGUCAGACACCUCCUAUGAAGCAGCUCCUGAGUCUCCCCUGCAGGCUAAUUUUGUGGGACCGGUCGACAGUAACCCUGAUGAACCUCAGACUGCAACCGAGGCGCUGAAUGGACCAGAUUCAGACAGCUGGCGCAGGGCAAUGACUGAUGAGUAUGACUCAUUUAUUAAAAAUAAAUGUUGGACUCUGACAAAACGUGACCCAAGCCAUAAGCCCGUUCAAUGCAAAUGGAUUUUUAAAAAGAAGUAUGGUGCUGAUGGUGAGCUAUUGAAAUUUAAAACUCGUUUGGUUGCAAAAGGGUAUACACAGAAAUAUGGGAUAGAUUACCAAGAUACCUUUUCACCGGUUGUGCGAUACUCAACAAUCAGGAUGCUGCUUGCAAUGGCGGCAGAGUAUAACUUAGACAUAGAACACCUGGAUGUAAAAACAGCUUUCCUAAAUGGAGACCUGGAAGAAACAGUAUACAUGGAGCAGCCAGAAUGUUUCAAGGUCAAAGGGAGUGAAGAAAUGGUAUAUAAGCUGAAUAAGGCUGUUUAUGGCCUUAAACAGGCAUCCAAAUCAUGGUAUGACAAGAUUACCAAGGUUCUAUGUAACAAGUUGAAGUUUAAACGCUUGACUUCUGAGCCCUGUGUUUACUCUAAGAGUGAAAAUGGAUUGAUGAUGAUCAUAGCAUUGUAUGUAGACGAUCUGAUUAUAUUUUCCUCCCCGAAUUUCCCAGGGAAAGAUAAUAUAAAGAAAGAAUUGCAGGAUGAGUUUGACAUCACUGAUCUUGGGCCAGCUAAGCUUAUAAUUGGAAUGAAGUUGAUGAGGAAAGAUGAUAAAAUUUACCUCAAUCAAUCAAACUACAUACAGAAGAUAUUGAAGAAGUUUCGAAUGGAGGAUUGUAACGCUAUUGCGACACCCAUGGAGACAGGAUUGAAACUUGCCAAGGAACCUAAACAAGAAGGAACCUACGACUACAGAGGCAUGAACAUUUCAGCUUAUGCUGAUGCGGACUGGGCGUCAGACAACAUAGACCGUAAGUCCUACACAGGCUUUGUUUUCACUGUUGGUGAGUCUGUCGUCGCUUGGGAGAGUCGUAAGCAACGCACUGUUGCUCUAUCUAGUACCGAGGCAGAGUACAUGGCGUUGUCAGACACAUUGCUACAAAUAUCCAGUUAUAAAUCAUAUUCAACGCUCCACAGCGUCGUGUUUACAAAGCUUAAUUCCAUGAAAGAGACUACACACAGCGAAUACUUUUUGGGAAAAUGUGCGCCAUUGAACAAAGAGGUUCUAUGGGUAGAUCAUUUCACAUAUAAAGACCUUAAGGGAAAAAUGAUGGUUCAGGGGUUUAUGAAUUACACCGAAAAGACUCCCAAGCUACCAGACUGCAUACGUAUAAAAGCAAAGGCUCCUUACGCCGAUUUGGUUAGGUAUAACUCGUACCACUUUACAUUAUGCUAUGGUAGACUAACAUUCUAUAUAAGGGGUACCGUAUUUUACUAUCAUUACUAUGAAUGGUUCAUGCCCCUGGAAAUGCAAGAAGGUAUAGAUUGGUUUAUAUAUUUCUACAAAACAAAAGUAUAAGAAAGACAUUAAUUCAUGUACCUACUUACGAUGAACAAUGAAGAAA